GGAAUAAUCCUGGGUAGUAUCCUGGUUCCUCUCCGCCUCACACUGGCAGUCAUAUGUUUCCUCAUCAUGUGGCCCGUUGCCCUGCUAAGAGUGGCCGGCCUAUCCAAAGAGGAGCGCUCUCGACCCAUCACAGGCUGGCGCCACUGGUUCUACCAUCCCAUCAUGUUGAAUCUGAGCCGGGCCGUCUUCUUCUUCCUGGGUUUCCUGUGGGUUCGGGUCAAAGGGCGCAGGGCCGACCUGAAGGAGGCGCCGGUUCUGGUGGUGGCACCCCACAGCGGCUUUCUGGACAUGCUGGUUCUGUGUCCGACCCAGUUGGCGACGGUGGUGUCUCGCUCUGAAAACACCAAGCUGCCUGUUAUUGGAGCUCUGCUGGAGUUCAACCAGUCCGUGAUUGUGAGCAGGAAAGACCCAGAGUCGAGGAAAAGGGCCGUGGCCAAGCUCAUCGAGAGGCUGACCUCUAAAGGCUACUGGCCUCAGAUGUUGAUGUUUCCUGAGGGAACCACGACUAACGGCCGAGCUCUCAUCAAAUUUAAGCCUGGUGCCUUCCUUGCUGGAGUCCCUGUCCAACCCGUCCUGUUGCGUUACCCAAACAAACUGGAUACUGUUCGUUGGACGUAUAAAGGAACAUCAUGGAUGGAGGUCGUGUGGCACACAGCUUCCCAGCUCUACACAAACAUGACUGUGGAGUUCCUGCCCGUUUACAACCCGUCUGAGGAGGAGAAGAAGGACCCCAACCUGUACGCAGACAACGUUCAGAAACUCAUGGCCAAAGCUUUAGGAGUCCCAGCUACARACUACGUGAUGGAGGGUCGAGUUCCUGUCAGUAAACUGGGGGGUCUGUCUCUGCCUGUGAAUGGUCCCGGCAGGGUGACGCUGUCUCUGCUGCGUAAAAACGGUCUGGGAGCACACGAGGUUGAAGUGGCACUGAGCAGAAUGAUUGACAGGUGCCAAUCAACUGGAUUCAAAGCCAGCGCAGAGGAGCUUGUGUCUCUUUUCUCACUGUCGGAUAAACAAACAGCUGUGGAGAUCUGUGGCCUUUACUCCAAGGAUGAGACGGUGGACCUCCGACAGGUUUACUUCAGUGUUGCAUCCAUCGCUGGAUUCACCAGCUUCAUGUCUUUACUUCACUCUGCUUUUACUCUGUUCGACCAGGAGGGACGAGGCAGUCUGAGUGCAGAGGAGCUCUCUGACCUCAUGGGGGCACUGCUGGGCAUUCCUCAGCACAACACUGCUGCGCUUUACAYCGAGGCCUGUAGUCAGGGUGUGCUCACUGAAGAAAAUCUCCUGCGUGUGCUGACGACCCAUCCCACCUAUCAGAGAGUGGUGAACGAGUACCUGCAGCCGGAGGAGGCGGGCUCUCAGCUGUCACUCAACGCUCUGACCAAUGGGAAGGCAGUGAACAACAACGGCCUCGUUCCCAACGGAGCUCUCCACAAGAAGUCCGACUGAGAGCUUUACCAAAAUCUCAUUUCACCGAUUUUUUUUCCUCGUCUUGAAACUAAAAUUCACAAAGGAAUAUAUUUUUAUACAUUUUAUUAAUAUUUUGCGUAUAUUUUUAAAUCUAGCAUCACUUGCACAGAUGUGGAUGUUUUAAAUAUUGUGAAAUAGGAUCGAAUAAUGCCUCAAAGCCUCUCUGGAGUGUGUUUUAUUGGUUGUUGAAGAGAUGAACGUUUACUGAUGUCUUUAAUUCCUCUCCACAUUAACCCAUUAGGUGUUUCAUGUUUGAAAGYCUUCAAUGUUAUUUAUGGAUGUGGUGUGUGCUGACUUCCUGUGGAGGGACAGUGGUGUGUACGUCUAAAAGAAAAAAAUUAAUGUCUUUAUUUGAUGUAAACUAUUCUUAAUUUUAUGUUUAUUUGACAAUAAACUGAGCUGUUUUUAAAGUGCCCUUAACAGGUUGUGUCACUGUUGUAGAAUAUGAUGGCUGUAUGUUUUUUUUUUUUUCACAUUUGGACCAGACAAAUGUUAAAAAAAACAUUAAAUUAACACCCAGUCACAGAAAUACCUGAUCACACGGCUGAAGAAUGUCAAAGCCAAGAAGACGCAGCUCAGCCUCAGCUCCACCAGCCCUGGUUGCAUCUUCAUGGCUCCAAAUCAACUGCUUACUGCUAUAUGCCAGUAUUUAUAAUAAAGUUUUUUGAUUUUUAA